ACCCGGUGACGACGUGAUUGAUAUAUUAUAUAUCUAUCGACCCGACCCGCACCGCCAGAGAAAACUACGAUCGCUUGUGCGAAUUCAACUUCCCAUUCGCAAUAGAACUAGCGGACAUUUGCAACAACAAACAACUAUCAGAGAAGCAACACAACCGCCACCAUGAAGAUCUUGACCAAGGAAGAAGAAGAUGCCCACUACAGGGCCGUCCUGAAAGGUGGUACCAUCGGAACUAUCGCCGGUCUGGUCGGCGGUUGGGCUGGUGUUCUGGCUGCUUCACGACGAUACCCCUCCUUCCGUCAGCUCACCAUUCCCCUGAGGGCUUUCUUGGUGACCUCAUCCGGUACCUUCUGCGGUAUCAUCGCCGCCGACCAUUCCUCGCGCCGCUUCGAGGCCGAGCGUAAUGUGAACCAGACCUACCUUGAGAACCGAGAAGAGCGUCUCCGUCGCGAGGAACUGGCCAAAAUGAGCUUCUCUGAACGCGCCCUUGCCUGGGCCCACGAGGAGAAGUACAAGAUUAUCGGUGCCUCUUGGAUUCUGAGUAUUGUCGGCUCCUUCGCUCUGGUCAACCGGAACCCCUACCUCACCGGCCAGCAGAAGAUCGUUCAGGCUCGUGUGUACGCCCAGGGUCUGACGCUUGCCGUCAUGUGUGCCACUGCUGCUUUCGAGAUUCAUGACCAGCGCAAGGGAGAGGGUCUCCUGGAUGCCGCCCGCAAGAAGGGCACUGUGCCACCCACUGAGCACCACGAGCGCUACGAAGGUGAAGAUCUGUGGAAGGACAUGGUCGCCGCUGAGGAGCAGCGUAUGAGGCAGCGCAACCAGAAGAUUCGCGAGGGCGAAGAGAAGGAGCGUCGCUCUCAGUCGGAGCAGAAGUCGCAGGACAAGGAGGAAAAGAAGGAAGAGAAGGAGGAGAAGGAGGAGAAGGAGGACAAGGAGGAGAAGAAGGAGUAAAGGGGGACUUCUGCUGAUCCUGAAACUGUCUUCCGGCGACUAGUUGUUCAACAGUGAUGGUAGCUCAGUCAUCUACAGUGA